CUCUCGCCCUCGUCUCGCGACAGUCCGCCGCUGGCCGGCACACAGCGUCGACGUGAGGUUUUAAAGCAGCGACCGCUCCGACCUCUUCCCCCACGAAAAUGUCGGUUCAGAGCGAUAUCGAGAAGCGCAAGCAGAUCAGCGUCCGGGGCAUAGCCCAGGUGGAAAACGUCUCCACCAUAAAGAAGACGUUCAACCGACACCUGCAUUACACGCUCGUCAAGGACCGGAACGUUGCCACCCCGCGAGACUACUACUUCGCGUUGGCCCACUCCGUCAAAGACAACCUGGUGUCGAGAUGGAUCCGCACACAGCAGUACUACUACGAGAAGGACCCCAAGAGAGUUUACUACCUAUCCUUGGAGUACUACAUGGGCCGUACCCUACAGAACACCAUGAUCAACCUGGGCAUACAAGGAGCCUGUGAUGAAGCUAUGUACCAGCUGGGCUUGGACAUUGAGGAGUUGGAGGACCUGGAGGAGGAUGCUGGUUUGGGAAAUGGAGGCCUUGGUCGUUUGGCAGCCUGCUUCCUGGACUCCAUGGCCACACUCGGUCUGGCAGCGUAUGGAUACGGUAUCAGAUAUGAGUAUGGCAUCUUCACGCAGAAGAUUCGUAAUGGAGAACAGGUAGAGGAGCCGGAUGACUGGCUGAGAUUUGGAAACCCCUGGGAGAAGGCAAGACCAGAAUAUAUGUUACCAGUUAAUUUCUACGGUCGAGUGGAACAGACUCCUCAAGGUGUCAAAUGGGUGGAUACACAGGUGAUAUUUGCGAUGCCCUAUGACAGCCCUGUUCCAGGUUAUGGUAAUAAUGUUGUGAACACAUUGAGGCUGUGGUCUGCUAAAUCCCCUGUGGAAUUUAACCUCAAAUUUUUUAAUGAUGGUGACUACAUCCAAGCAGUAAUAGAUCGAAACUUGGCAGAGAACAUCUCAAGAGUGCUGUAUCCAAAUGAUAAUUUCUUUGAAGGAAAAGAACUUCGUCUUAAACAAGAGUAUUUCAUGUGUGCUGCUACUUUGCAGGAUCUCAUACGCCGUUUUAAGGCUUCAAAAUUUGGUGUCCGGACUGCAGUGAGAACAAAUUUUGAACACUUCCCUGACAAGGUUGCCAUUCAGCUGAAUGACACACAUCCAUCACUGGCAAUCCCAGAGCUUAUGCGGAUCCUCAUUGACGUGGAAGGCCUGACAUGGGAACAGGCAUGGCCCAUUGUGGUUCGCACAUGUGCCUAUACAAAUCACACUGUGCUACCUGAAGCUUUGGAGCGAUGGCCUGUUCAUUUACUGGAGACCAUCUUGCCACGCCAUCUGCAGAUCAUCUAUCACAUUAAUUUCCUUCACCUGCAGGAAGUGGGAAAAAAAUACCCUGGAGAUCUUGAUCGUCUUCGGAGAAUGUCCCUUGUGGAGGAAGGCGGAGAGAAAAGAAUUAAUAUGGCUCAUCUCUGCAUUGUGGGUUCUCAUGCAGUCAAUGGAGUUGCAAGAAUUCAUUCUGACAUCAUUAAGAGUGACAUCUUCAAAGAUUUCUAUGAAAUGACUCCAGAGAAAUUUCCAAAAUAAGACAAAUGUAUCAUCCUCGUCGCUGUUGCUGCUAUGUAUCCUGGAUUACUGAUUUGAUUGCAGAGAAAAUUGGCGAGGAAUGGAUUACUCACCUGGAGCAACUGCAGCAAUUGAAAGAAUUUGCAAAGGAUCCAGGCUUUCAGAGAGCUGUCCAAAAAGUGAAGCAAGAGAACAAAUUGAGGCUGGCUCAAAUUCUGGAGAAGGACUAUGGUGUCAAGGUGAAUCCAGCAUCCAUGUUUGACAUUCAGGUUAAACGUAUUCAUGAAUACAAACGUCAGUUGCUGAAUUGUCUGCAUAUAAUAACACUGUACAAUCGCAUAAAGAGAGAUCCAUCUGCAAAUAUCACUGCAAGAACUGUGAUGAUUGGAGGCAAGGCUGCUCCUGGCUAUUAUAUGGCAAAGAAGAUUAUUAAGCUGAUCAAUGCUGUUGGCAACAUUGUGAACAAUGACCCCAUUGUUGGAGAUAAAUUGAAAGUAAUUUUCCUAGAAAACUACAGAGUGACACUUGCUGAAAAGAUAAUGCCAGCUGCAGAUUUGAGUGAACAGAUCUCCACUGCUGGUACAGAAGCAUCUGGAACUGGAAAUAUGAAGUUUAUGUUGAAUGGAGCCCUCACAAUUGGAACCUUGGAUGGUGCCAAUGUAGAAAUGGCUGAGGAAAUGGGUCGGGAAAACAUCUUCAUCUUUGGAAUGACUGUGGACGAAGUAGAGGCACUGAAGAAACGAGGAUACAAUGCCCAUGACUACUAUGCUGCAAAUCCUGAGAUCCAACAGUGUGUGGACCAGAUCCGUAAUGGAUUUUUCAGUCCUGAAAACCCAUCAGAGUUUGCUGAUGUGGCAGAUGUGCUGAUGAAGUAUGAUCGCUUCCUCACUCUUGCAGACUUCGAUGCAUACAUCAAGUGCCAAGAUACAGUAUCAGCUGUAUACCAGGAUCAAGCAAAAUGGUCAGAGAUGGCUAUCAACAACAUUGCUUCAUCGGGCAAGUUCUCAAGUGACCGCACAAUUGCUGAAUAUGCUCGUGAAAUUUGGAGUGUGGAACCAUCAUGGGAAAAGUUACCUGCUCCGCAUGAACCACGAAGAGGAAGGAAACCAUUUUACUUAGGAAAAGCAAGAGUAAGUUUUAUUUUAACAGAAAAGAAACUGAAUCUCAUAACAUGUGCUUUGCCUAGUGUUAAUGCACAGUGUAAAAAAAAAAAAUUAAAAAAAAACAAUAAAUAUGCCAUUAAAUUUACUAGAAAUUAUUUCUUCACUCUCUAUCGCAUGAAAUCAGAUGUUAAUUUUAAUGAAACUAAUAAAAUCUGCACAAAAUCUAUAUUAAGAUCUGAACAGGGAAAGAAAGUACAUAGAACAAUUUUAAACACUAAAAUUAAUUUUUAUUUUAGCUGUUUUCCAUUUUUUCUUCCAUAUUUUGGGAAAGGUUAA